CAACUCUAAUUUUUUCCAACCGGUGUCUGGUGUGUUGGUUAUUUUCUAUUUCUAAGCGUUUGGAAAAAAACUAUUAACUGAGUUUAUAAUAUAAAAAUGGAAAACGACAUAUUUGACUCACUUGGCGACUUAGGAUAUGACGGCCCAUUAUCUGAUCCUGAUGCAUUCUCAAAAGCUAUUGACGAUGGACUCAAGUCUUUGGACUUUAUUAAACUCGUAUGCGAAUUGGCUGGAGAACUGAAAACAUUAUGUAAAGUAGAAGAAUCAGUUAAUACGAUUAAUAGUUUGGAGGAAACAAGCUCUUUUAUGUUGGAAUUGAGUUCCUUUCUCAAAGAGUUAGGUUGUCCAUACAGAGGAUUGAUUUCAGGACAUAUGUCAUCUAGAUUACAGACAAAAGAAACAAGAGUGACGUUACUUGACUAUUUGAUAUCGGAGAUAAUGGCUGCUAGGAUGGUCAGUGUUGAUUGUCCAAAUGAAAACCAACCACCAAAUAUGGAUAUUGUUAUGCAAGAAUCUCCGACCGCUAAAGCAUUGAAAGAAAUAUUAAUUGCUUUGAAAUUUAACAAACCUCCACCCAAUAUUACACCAGAGGUGCUGUUCUCUAAACUGGAAGCAAAAUUAAAGGAAACUAUUCAAAAAGAAGGUCAGCAGUUAGUCGGGAAGCCAUUGUAUAACAAAGCGUUGACUGAGAAAGAUUGGAAAGAGUUGGAUAAUAUUUUCACCGAGAUGUAUGAUGAAUAUAGAUUGAGACGGGAAACUUUAAUAUCUAGGCUGGAAUGUACUAUACAAAGUUUUGAGUGGUCAGAUCGUCUCAAAGGUAAAAAGGAUCAAAUGCAAGCAAUAUAUAGACCAAAACGUGAGCAGAUGAAAGUUAAACCGGAGGUGAAACUUUGUGAUUUUCUUGCUGCGAGAACAUCAUUAUUACAUGUUGAUAAAACUUCCAGCGCUAAUGUAAGGAAGAAUACACAGUCUGAAGUCAACAAAGUCAUCAUUGGUCAGGUACCUGACCGAGGUGGUCGUCCCAAUGAGCAACAGCCCCCACCUCCGGAGAUGCCAUCUUGGCAACAGAGAUCUGCGCCUCAGGGUGGUCGUGGUGGUGGUCAGAGAGGUGGACGUGAUGGCAGUGGAGGGGGACGCGGCAGGGGAGGGGGCGGCAGGGUACAAGGCGGCUACAAUCAGGGACAGCAGGAUCAAAAUAGGUCAGUUAGUCAACUUACACAAUUAUUUAUAGCUAUUAAAAAUUCUGAGAAGAAAUUCAAAGAUAUGUGUGAAGUCAACCCGCACUUGGUUGAUGUAAAUCUUGCUUAA